AUGGCGAUCUGUACUUAUAACGCACGUACGCUUGCAUCGGAAGCGGCCAUCGAAGAUCUGAUGAUGCAAGCCAAGAAGAUCAAGUACGACGUCAUCGGACUGACCGAGACGAGACGACGUCACCCUCUCAACGCCGUAUAUGAAACUGGAGAAGAACUGUUCUUAGGAACAUGCGACAGUAGAGGUGUUGGUGGAGUUGGCGUCCUCGUCAACACGAGUAUGGCAAAGAACAUCGACUCUUUUGAACAACUUACGACCCGAAUCGGACGUCUGCGGAUGAGAAGAUGUGGCCCAAUACCAGCUUUGACUAUCUUCGUCGCUUACGCUCCAACAUCAAGCUACGAAGAAAAAGAAGUCGAAGAGUUCUAUAUGGACCUGGAGAAGUUCUACCGAGAAGAUCAUGCCUUCUACAAGGUCAUAAUUGGCGAUUUCAACGCUAAGGAUGGCCCAAGAAGAACGCCGGAGGAACUUCACAUCGGGACCCACGGCCUACAAUGGAAUGACCAGGGAGAGAGGCUCUCCGAGUUCAUCAUGACGACUAAGGCCAUCCAUGGGAACUCGCAAUUUCAGAAGCCCUCUUCUUUACGCUGGACGUGGGAGUCACCUGGUGGAGGGUAUCGUAAUGAAAUAGACCACAUCAUCGUCAAUAAAAGGUUCUGCCUGACGGACGUCGGUGUUGUACCAAAGUUCUAUACGGGAUCGGACCAUCGCCUCCUCCGAGGAAGAUUUUCCUUCACAAGGAGAGCAGAGAAAGCCGCCAAGUUCAGAGAGAGAAAUCCCAGGACUACCAUCAACUGGGAUCUCUUCGCUACGCUAGCCGGCUUUUGGGAAGAUUCUGCAAUGGACAACAUCGACGAGGAAUAUGACCGGCUUGUCGAACACCUUCACGACUGCGCGAAGAAGGCUGAGAGUUUUAAAACCACCAGGAGGCGCCUGUCUCUUGAAACUCUUGAGCUGAUACGCCAGCGUGGAGCAGCACGAGCCGCAGGGAACCAAGAACUCACGUCCGAGCUCGCAAGGCUUUGCCGAGAGGCGAUAAAGGAAGACCUUAAAGAGAGAAGAGCAGAAGUGCUGGCUGAAGCUGCAGAGGCGGGGAAAAGCAUCCGCUAUGCCCGUCGAAACUUCGCCAGUCGCAAGACGAGGAUGACUGCUCUCCGAAACCCAAAGGGAACAGCCAUUGCAUCGAGAAGGGGGAUGGAGAAAAUCAUCUACGACUUCUACUCUGAUCUCUUCGACAGCCAUGUCCACUUGCCUCCUCACCAUCUGAGGGAAGAUGGACAAGUCAUUCCAGAGGUUCUCCCGUCCGAAAUACGACAUGCUAUCAUGUCGGUAAGAAAUCGUACGGCACCCGGUCCCGACAGAAUAAGACCAGAACACCUGAAGAGCCUUCCGCCAGUACUCAUCAACACCCUGGCGAGGCUCUUUACACGUUAUCUGUCGGAAUGCAAGGUUCCUAAACAGUGGAAGACCAGCAAGACCGUGUUGUUGUAUAAAAAGGGAGAUCCACAUGACAUCGGCAACUAUCGCCCAAUCUGCCUACUGUCCGUCAUCUACAAGCUCUUUACAAGAGUAAUCCUUAAUAGGAUUGGAUGA